GCCAGCCAAAAGCCAAAUCCUCAACCCACCGAAAACCUUCUCUCGGUCUCUGACUGCGAUUGAGUGCUGUCGUCUCUCUCUCUCUCUCUACGGAAGCGGCGGUCGCCGCCUUCUCUCUCGCCGGUUUUUCUGCCUUUUCGGUACGUAGAGCUUACGUAGAGAAAUCCAUGGCUGCUGGAAGGCAUGGAGGUUAUCGCGACAACGAGUUUAGGGACCGGGAGUCUAAUUUUGAAUUGUCCAGGCGGGAUUUCGCUACUGCUAAGGAGGAUUAUGAGAGGAUUAGGAAUGGAAGCCGUGGAAACGAAAGGGGUAGAAUUCGGGAUACGAGGGAUAGGAUUAGGGUUAGGCAGAAGGAUGUCAGAGAGAGAGAAGCAGUAAAUGGAGAUCAUCGCUUGCCUUCAAGUAUGAGCGAUUCAGGCAGUAGCAGUGGCGGUGGGGACGGUCGCCCUGGGCCUAAGCGAUGUGAAUUCUCUGUCAAGGCCGGGGAUAGAGAGCCGGGUGAGUUGUCAAGUGAAAGUGGGUCUGAUGGGGCCACCGAGUCCGAAUCGCUUGCUAAAGAUAAGGUGGCGGAAAAUGGGACCAAGUCUCCUGCAGAGCGGAAAAGGAAGUUUUCUCCUAUUAUUUGGGAUAGGGAUGAAAAAGUAGUGACUAAUACAACGAAAAGUGGUAGGAUCACAACUACAGCACCAGUUACAGCACUUCCUCCGCCGCCGCCCCUGCCUAAGGUAUAUCGUCAGUUUGUUGUUCCAGAUGGUAGUGUACAGAUUUCGCCAAUAAACAACAAUCAGAAUGAGGAUCUGCAAUCUUCUCCUCCAGUUGAGUGUUCGGCAGAAGCUGGGUCACACGAGUAUGGUGCGACUGAUUCCCCAGGAGAAGCAGAGCAGCAAUUGGAAAACGAUCGAGAAGCUGAGCAACCAGAAGAUGAAGACUACGUUCCGACCCGGAAUAUAUCAUCUUCCAGAUGGGCAGAAGGAAAUAAUUCUCCCGGCGAUGAAGGUGAAAUUUUGGACGAUGAGGGAAUGCCUAAAAGGAGGAGGAAAGUGCCGGUUCCAGAGUCAUUGGGCAUACGCAAUAAGUCAUUGACUCCUGAGCUCGGGGAGUUUAAGAGAGAUGGCUCUGAACGGUCUAGAGGAAGAUCAUCAGAAUCUGAUGAACGAGGUGCUCCUACUCGGUCUUCGAGUAGGGAUGACUACCGUGAUGAUAAUGAUUCCGAGAUGGAUGACUACAUGGAGGUUGACGACGAGGAAAACCAAAAUGCUACUAAUCGUAGUCGAUCGUACACUGAUUCCGAGGAUGAAAGUGAUUCUCCUAAUCCACCUGAGCCCGCAGCUCCUCCACAAAGAAGUGUAAACAUGCUUCAGGGUUGUAGAAGUGUAGAUGAAUUUGAGAGACUAAACAAGAUAGAUGAAGGGACUUAUGGUGUCGUCUACAGAGCUAGGGAUAAGAAAACAGGCGAAAUUGUAGCGUUGAAGAAGGUAAAGAUGGAGAAGGAAAGAGAAGGUUUUCCUUUGACUUCACUUAGGGAAAUUAACAUUCUUCUGUCUUUUCACCACCCAUCAAUUGUCGAUGUUAAAGAAGUGGUGGUGGGUAGUAGCCUGGAUAGCAUCUUUAUGGUGAUGGAGUACAUGGAACAUGAUCUGAAGGCACUCAUGGAGACGAUGAAACAGCCUUUCAGUCAGAGCGAAGUUAAAUGCCUUGUGCUUCAGCUGUUGGAAGGCAUUAAAUAUCUUCAUGAUAAUUGGGUGCUUCAUCGGGAUUUAAAGACUUCCAAUUUGCUUUUGAAUAAUCGGGGUGAGUUGAAGAUAUGUGAUUUUGGGUUGGCUCGUCAAUAUGGGAGCCCCUUGAAGCCAUAUACUCAUUUGGUCGUAACUCUUUGGUACAGGGCGCCAGAACUUCUACUGGGAGCAAAACAAUACUCAACAGCAAUUGAUAUGUGGUCUUUGGGUUGCAUCAUGGCUGAACUAUUGUCAAAGGAACCACUGUUUAAUGGGAAAACUGAAUUCGAUCAACUUGACAAGAUUUUCAGAAUUCUUGGGACACCAAAUGAGACAAUUUGGCCUGGAUAUUCCAAGUUGCCUGGGGUGAAGGUCAACUUUGUUAAGCAUCAGUAUAACCUUUUGCGUAAGAAGUUCCCAGCAACAUCAUUUACAGGAUCUCCAGUUCUCUCUGAUUCUGGGUUUGACUUGUUGAACAGGCUUCUGACUUAUGACCCUGAGAGGAGAAUUACAGCAGAGGAUGCUCUGAAUCAUGAGUGGUUCCAGGAAGUUCCUCUACCCAAAUCUAAAGAGUUUAUGCCUACCUUUCCAGCUCAACAUGCACAAGACAGGCGUACACGGAGAAUAAUGAAGAGUCCAGAUCCUUUAGAAGAGCAACGUAGAAAGGAGUUGCAGCAGGGGGAAUUGGGGACUGGUGGUGUAUUUGGCUAAGAGAAAUAAACUGGUGACAGUGAUAUUGAUUCCUGCACUUCAAUUAUUUACAACUCUGACUGAUUGUACAUGGUUGAGGUGAGAGACACUUCCUUGAGCGGAAGUUGCAAUGAUUGUAUGUUAGACGUCAUUUGUGCUGUUUUUUUAGCAGGCACUUUGUGAUAAUUUGGAGGGGAGAUAUGCACACUUUUGCCUACUCUCAACCACAUUGUUGCAGUUUAACUUUUCUUUUCAGCUUUUAUCAUCACAAGAAAGUGGCGCUACUUUGCUUAGAGAUCGGGCAUAAUUGCCUUUCAUAGAGAGUGAAAAUCAGUUUCAGCUGAAACUUGUGUAUGUAACAUAAUUUCAUUGGUACAUUGUAAACAAUUUUUUCUCAUGUGGUUUUGAAUAUUAGCCUAUCAGUGACAUUAGAACAUAUUUAAUAUUCACAUUGUGUUUGCAAGAGUCGGUUGGUGUGAACUGAGGAAUUGGAGGAGAUGCUUUUCAUUGACGACAACUUUGACAGUAACGAUAAUACAUUAUAAGUAUUAAAGCAAGCAGGUUGAGGAGGUUACCUGCAUCACCUGGAAUAUAUAAAACUUCAAUUAGUUGUUCCUUCAGACUCACUAGAGGCGAUAGCUGGAGGAAUGGGUUUGCUUGGAGAUUGAAUAGCAAGUGUCCACUUCCCAUUCGCUUAUUGUAUGUAUUAUCAUGUGAGGCUUAUCCUUGUGCUUAGGUCGCAUUAUAACGUACUUUACCAUAUAGAAAGACUAUUGUUCGUAGUUGGUGGUGGCUGAUGAGAAUCGCACAGGCACACAUGCAUUUGCUAACAGGCGGAUGAGUUGCGUUUCGUGCUAACGAGUGUUGGGCACAUUUUACCUUGUGUUUCAUGUUAUGAAAUCCUGUGUCCCAGCUUAUUCA